AUGGCACGGAAGUUACCCGGCCAUGACCAUACGGGAAAGGCAGCACACCGGUUAACAGAGUCGAGACGAGUGUAUAACGCGAGCCGUAACGAGAAUGACGAUCCUCCCGACUGCCUUAGGAUUGGCUCACCAGCUGGUAAAAACAGACCAUCACCUCGCCUCGGCACUUGCCCAGUCACAAGCCCUGUCCAGGUCUCAUUGCUUCCGAACGUGGCUGCUCCGGGCAAGGAGCAGUGCAAGCAGCACGACUUAUCCGAUGCCGGCUCGAGGUCCAACGCAGUCAAAACAAUUCGAAACCCACCAAUCCCAGGUGAUCUAGCUCCGUCGGCUGAUGCCCUUUUUGCUAGGGUUCACAGUUUUGCGAAAACCCGUGGCUUCGGUGUUAUCAAGGCUCAUGGUAUGAUUCGACCUGGACAGCGAAGUCGAUAUGUCCUCCAAUGCGAUCGGUACGGGGCUCCGCGGUCGGGAAGGGGUGCUGGCCUUCGGAAACGAAAGUCUCGAAAGUCGGGUGCCUAUGGAAGAUUAUUGCCGAGGCCCUGCCAGAGAACUGUUUUCAGUGGACUCUGCGGCACUUCCCAGAUGCGGAACACCACCACCACAAUCAUAACCCCAGUACCGAUGCCGCCGCUCACCCAAUUCAUCGACGACUUACUAGACCUGUGA